UUGCUAUGUUUCUUCCGCUGCUGAUGGCAUGAAUUUCCCUGUUUAUUGUCGGCUGAUCCCCUCAUCCUCACACAUGUUAACGUAUCCUUACCGUAGCCGUGUUUAUAAUCGUGGCUUAGAUGUUCUCUUUGUCUCUGUGGAGCGUUGGCUGAUCCACCCAGCCUAGUUGCCAUGAUUCUUCAGUCGCAGUGCCCUCUCUUCUAUUGCUCGUAUAACGUAGAAGAGGAGUCUCAUAAUGAGGGAUGGGAUUCUAACAUCCCAAUGCGCCUCAUGGUUGAAGAAGCCAGGCACUGUAGCAUUUGCCCCUUAUGAUGUCGCCGAUGUAUAAUUUCAAACUACUUUGCAUUACUUUCGCCAGAAGGAGAUGGAAUAUGCACACUUCCGUUCGCAAGGACAUUGUAACCACCGGAAUGCAAUGCAACUUUGCUGCGGGGCGAUGUCCGGAUAACAUGGCAGAUGACAACCAACCAGCCUCAAGUGAUACAGGGCUACAGAAAUCACACGAUCGUUGCUAUAUUUGGCCCUUUCAUCUGAUUCAGAGGUUCGGAUUUCAGUCAAAACAAUACACCCCUGAAUAGCAAGGUUUAUUUUUAUCCUCGUUCAUGACAUCAGAACCCUCCAGGUCGGCCGCAGUAGGCAUAUAAGAUGGCCCCAUUGCACUAGGGCUUCCUCAGUUUCGUACUCACCAACAUCUCCACACUACAACUUGCUCUCACUUUUCUAUUAUGGGUAUCUUCUCUGACGAUUCCAACGAGGCUCAGGCCUACAGCGAGGUCAGCAGAACCAGGUUCGUGAAUGUGGCCCUUAACCUCACGUCUUUACAGGUCCAAAACGCACCUCACAAGGCUGAACUCUCUCACGAGCUGAUCGCCGCUGCCGCUUCUUACGAGGCCGCAAAAGCAUACGAGAAGCACGUCCAGUCCAACGGCCAACCCGACAACCACGCCAAGGCCAAGGAACUCAUCGCUGGUUUCGCUGGCGCCUUCAUCGACCGUAUCGUUGAGACCAAAGGUCUUGAUUACGUCGACAAGGCGAAGGCUAAGCACCAUGGUAUGUCCGCGGUUCUACUUCUGAGGACCACUUAUUUAUUCAUAUCAUAUCUUAGCUACUGAGCGUGCAGGCAACUCCGAUGCCGUUGCCUCACAAUGGUAGAUAACGCGGGAUGAAGGAAUAAUUGUCUCACUGUAUGUCGAGCCGUGUAACAUAUACCUUGUUUCUCAGAUGGGAGAUAUCUGGACGAUUUGCCUUGAAUUAGCUCAGUAUGCGUGAGGAUGGAGUGAUCGAAUGGCGUUAUUGGUAGCUUCGGGAUACAUUAGCGUGAAUUUUCCCAAUCCAGUCUUGAUACCUGUCUUCGAUUGAACUCUGAUAGGACUUCCCACAGUUUCACCAUGGCACCGCUAACGUGACUAAAAUAGCUCGCUAUCUGCAUCAGAAUGGGCAGGGCGUACACAGAACCUUUGCGAAGCUGCGAAAGCAAUCUCCCAUACAUGCACAGAUUCAGGCUUGAGAGAAGUAGGAUAACACACGUGUCCAAGCAGUACAUCUGGUCAAUUGGAUUUACCCUUGCUGAGCCA